AUGAAACAUCUCAGUACCUCAUAUUUUGAGAAGAAGGAGAAGGCUGAAGAUCCUUAUGCUCCUUUUGCAUAUAACAUAUAUGGGUUCGCAUUGGCACUUCAAGUGUGGACGUAUGAGGUCAUCGAAAACUUUAUCCUUAAAUUCGUCAGAAGGAAUCAGAUUAAUGACCCUCUACGCCCAAGGUUGUUACUCUAUCAUUCCAACAGGAAAAACACAUCGAUCGAGGUAAAGACUGCCCUAGAGACCAUGGAUGUGACUGAGAUGGAAGAGAAGAGAAAGGCUGAUGCUACUCAUAAAGAAGCAGCCAACUUGAAGAAGAAGCUUGCUUAUGAAUCGAUUCCGGCCUGCAUUCUUACUCCCCCCUCCGCGACCUCAAGUCCUCAGGCUGAGACACCUUCUCCUCGGGCUCCAACACCUUCUGUUGGAUGUGAAUUUAAUGAGAUGAAAGAGGAGCUGAAAAUAGAGAUGAAAGAGGAGCUGAAAAAGCUGAAAACAGAGCUCAUCAACGAGCUGAAAAUCACAAUCCAAGAAAGUCAAGAAACUCACCUUGAGUCGUUCAAGAAGAUGGUUAAGGAUUCUAAGAAGGAUGUCGAAGUUGAGAAGAGCAAGGAGAUGAUAGCGAUGCAGGAGACUGUGGGGGAUGAUGAGAAGGUGAAUGAUGGGAAUGAUGGGAAGAAAGAUGAUGUAAAGGAGGACGAUGAUAAGGUGGAGGAUGAACGAAAAGAGGACGAUGAGAAGGUGGAGGACGAACAGAAGGUGGAGGACGUAAAGGUGGAGGAUGAUGAGAAGCUGGAUGGUGUGGCUAAGGUGGAUGAUGUGGAGGUUGAUCUGAAAGUGAAGGUGAAGGAUGAGAAGAGUGUGGGUGUGGAUGUGAAGGCACAGACAAAUGAGGAAAUUAUGGGAGGAGAUGACAAUGAUGACAAUGAUGAUUUCCAAGUUAUAACAAGGUUGACAUGGCUUGAAGACACUGAAAUCGAUGCAUUCUGCCAUCUAUUGCGGAAAAGGAUUUCCGACUAUCCCAAGACAUAUAAAAAUUCGCAUGUGGCAAUAGGGGAUUGCGUAUUGUCGGAUAGAAUCAGGCGAGAGCACAGGGAUUUUAUUAAGGAUCCUGCAAACUAUCCAGUCGCCGAAUUCAAAGACUAUUAUAUGGGCGCACCACAUAGAUAUAUGCCCGAAUGGUCAACAAUUGACGAUGUCUACAUGCCUUACCGCAUUGACGUGUACGACUGUGAUGCCUAUCUUUAUAAGAAUCUGGAUCCUUAUUUGAAACCCUUCUGCAACAUGAUUCCACAUAUAUUCGCAAAGACAAUCACUCCUGGUGAGAGGGUAAGGUAUCCUAAAUUCAACUUCGAAGGCCCCAUCCAACCAAUGACUUACAAACGGUUACCACACCCCAAAGUGAAAACCGCUGCAGCUAAGGUUGGAGAAGUCCCACGGGCAACAGAGAGCGGGGACUGUGGGGUAUUCACUCUAAUGUAUAUGGAACACUUGACCGCUAAUCAAGCCGUGCACAAUGUGACCUCAGAAAACAUGGAGUUUUUUAGGCAGAAGAUGGCGGUCAGGUUAUUCCAUCAGAUUAUCGAACCUUAG